UAUACAAUAAAUAUGAAUUUUAUCUAAAUUAUUGUAAUUAUUUCUAAAUUUGCAGUCUUUAUGCAUAAUGUCUGAAGUAUUGACAUUUAGGAUUUUUAGAAAAUAAUCUCUUUAUAAUUUAGUACAACAUGUUAUCAUGCAAAACUACAUUAAAAAUAUAUUGUUGUGCAUAAAGUCCUCAUUAUUGUUCUAUAAAGAUACAGUAGGCUUGUGUAUUGAUUUAGGAUAACAUUUCUGUUUGAUGGUUGCUUCGCCUGACAACCAAAGUUUGGGAUGGAAAGAGCCAAAAGUGCAUUAUCAAAUGACCUUCUUUAUGGAAGGAUUAACACUAAUACUCCCUUAAAGCUAAAAGUCACAUUUUGUACAGAUCUCGACAAGUCAGUUUUGACUUCUAAUUUUGAAAAAAGAGGUUGGAGUCAAGUCGGUCCUGAAGAUGACUGGAACUUUUAUUGGUCGGGAAUACAAACAUGUCGUAAUCUCUUUAGCCUUGAUAGUGGUUAUAGAAUGCAUGAUCACCAAUUGAUCAAUCAUUUUCCUAAUCAUUAUGAACUGACAAGAAAAGACUUGUUGGUGAAAAAUAUCAAAAGAUACAGGAAAGAGCUAGAAAGGGAUGGAAAUCCAUUGGGCACAAAGAGUAUGGGGAAAUAUAUCUAUUUAGAUUUCAUACCCAUAACGUUUGUUUUACCUGCAGAUUACAAUAUGUUUGUGGAAGAAUAUAGAAAAACACCAUCUAGCACUUGGAUAAUGAAGCCAUGUGGAAAAAGUCAAGGUGCGGGGAUAUUUUUAAUAAACAAGCUCUCAAAGUUGAAACGAUGGUCUCGAGAAGCAAAAGCCCCUUUCAAUCCUACAGUCGUUAAAGAAACAUAUGUUAUAUCAAAAUAUAUAGAUAAUCCUUUACUCAUUGGUGGAAAAAAGUUUGAUAUGAGGCUAUAUGUACUAGUUACUUCAUUCAGGCCCCUGAAAGCGUAUUUAUUCAAACAGGGCUUUUGUAGAUUCUGCACAGUUAAAUAUGAUACUAGCAUGCAAGAACUUGAUAACAUAUUUGUACAUUUAACAAAUGUAUCAGUACAAAGGCACGGGGGAGAUUACAAUAGUUUGCAUGGAGGAAAAUUAAGUGUUGACAAUUUAAGAUUGUACCUGGAAAGUACAAGAGGAAAAAAUGUGACUGAUAAAUUGUUUAAGAAUAUAAUAUGGCUGAUAGUCCAUUCUUUAAAAGCAGUCAGUAAUAUAAUGGCAAAUGAUAAGCAUUGCUUCGAAUGCUAUGGAUAUGAUAUUAUUAUUGACAACACUCUCAAACCUUGGUUAAUUGAGGUAAAUGCAUCUCCAUCUCUCACUUCGACAACAGUAAAUGACAGAAUAUUAAAAAGCAGGCUUAUCGAUAGCAUUCUUCACGUAGUCAUUCCUCCUACGGGUAUUCCAGAUGCUAAGUGGAACAAAACCCCAUUACCUUCUGCAUUGGGAAAUUUUGAGGUACUCAUCGAUGAAGAAGCCAUUACACACAAUGAAAAUAGUAAACUAAGAAAAAAUAAUAAAAGUAGUAACAAUAAUAAUUUAUCUUUGGCAGUGAGACGGAGAAGAUAAAAUGUUUUAAGAUCGUAAUUGUUUUCUAUAAGAAUAAUGAAAAUAGAAACAAAACAACAUUAAGGUUUUAAUGGGUUUACUCAAAAACAAAAACUUAUGUAAAUUUAAAGAAAAUUUGUUUAUUAAAAAGUUUUUCAGCUUUAUUUAUUGUUGUGGAGCUCCCCUUCCUCGGCCAUAGCCUCCUCUCUGAA